AAGCAUACUUAAUCAAUGGUUCAGUGAUUUAUAUCUGUGGUUUAAAAAAGUUGAUCAUGGUUUGUAAUUUUUAAACAAAACCGUGGUCAGGAACUUGAUAACGUUUUCCCGCCAUAACUGAAAAAAAAAUCAUAAAUGCGAGCUUUGUAUUAUCAUUUAUCAUUCAUUGUUGAAAAAUGACAACAUUUUGUAGAUUGUAAUUUUACUAAAUACUAUUAUUUUGUCAUUUUUAUUAUUAGUUUCUUUUAUUAUUUGUAUAGGUUUAAUAAAUAUUUUUGUAUUAAUUUUACGGACCGCCACUGCCUCAAAUAUGGCUUUUUUAGACCCAGAUGAGGAGUUUGAAAUGAUGCAUGCCGAGGAACUGGAAAUGAUGAACCAAAUGGAGGAAUUUCACAAUGAGGUUCCCAAGAGACAUUCACCAAAAGAAUCAAAACGAAGCUUGAAUUUUCGUACAGAAAAUAGUAUUUCAGAGACUACAGAAAAAUUGAAUUUUUCCUCAGACCUUAAUGGAGUGUUUCCUUUAUCACAGUCAUCAGUCGUUUCAUUUGGCUUGGAUGAAAAUAACGAAAAUGAUUGUAUUCAAAUACCCCAAGAAUCAGUUAUAGAUUCAAUUAAUGGUAAAAGAAGAGAAUUGGAAGAUCAUGACUUGUUUGGCGAUAUAGAUGAUAUUGAUUUUGAAGAUAACUCGGAGCCUGCAUUAAAACGAAAAAAAAUAAAUGAAGAAAUAUCUGAAGAACUUUCCGAUAAAGAACUAAAACAAUUUGAUUUGAUAAAAAAAAUUAUUGAUGAACGCCAAAAGCAUAAGAUUGGAAAAAGAACAAACUUUUUGUCUGGGUCUACUUACAACAGCUUCAACCGACCGUAUGAGAGUAUAUCCAGACGAGUUCCAUCUUGGUCUUUCUUUCCUGCUGUUGAUGAUAAAGAUCAAAGAGUUUAUAUUCGAUUUCGAUCAGAAGAUGCUGUUGAAUCUGAAAUAAAAGACAUGUCAUGGCAUUCAAAAACGGUGCAGUUACUCUCAUCUCCUGCAAACGAUUUAAUUGUGAACGCUUUUGAAAAGAUUGAAAAAGAUGAGACCAUGAGAUCAGCGCAGCUUCAAAAUGACCUAAGGACUUUUGAAAAUAGUGUUGAUAACACUGCUGAUCUUUGGGUACAAAAGUAUAGACCACAUAAAUAUUUGGAUUUACUAAGUGAUGAGAGUACCAAUAGAAUGUUAUUACGUUGGCUCAAGUUAUGGGACAGAGUAGUAUUUAACAAAGAAGUAAGCAAAACAAGAAGACCUAAAAAUGACAUUUACAGCAAAUAUGGUAGCAAUUUCAUAAAGAAGAAUCAAAGUUUAGAUGAAGAGUUAGAUGAAAAUAAGUGUCCAAAACUAAAAUUAGCAUUAUUAUGUGGACCACCUGGCCUGGGGAAAACUACUUUAGCUCAUUUAGUGGCACACCAAGCAGGUUAUAAUGUGGUUGAAAUCAAUGCCAGUGACGAUCGUAAUCCUACUAGUUUUAAAAUUCAACUAGAAGCUUCUACUCAAAUGGCUUCAGUAAUUAGUAAUGAUUGUAGACCUAAUUGUUUAGUACUAGACGAAAUAGAUGGUGCGCCUGCUACAUCAAUUGAUUUAUUGAUCAAAUUUUCAACUGAAAAGCAUGUAAACCGCAAAAAGAAAGCAAACAAACAAGAAGAAAAAGGUUCUGUUUUAAAAAGACCAAUAAUUUGUAUAUGUAAUGAUGUUUAUGUACCAGCAUUAAGGAAUUUAAGACAAAACGCUUUUGUUUUAAACUUUCCUCCGACAUCAUCAGUAAGAUUGGCUGAAAGGUUAAUGGAAAUAUCAAGUUAUGAAAAUAUAAAAACUGAUAUGGGUGCAAUGACAGCACUCAGUACGAAAACAAAUAAUGAUAUUAGAUCCUGUUUGUCAACUUUGUCCUGUUUUAGAAAUCAACCAUUGAGAUUAUCACAUAUAAAAAAUGCAAAUAUUGGAAAUAAAGAUAUACAAAAAGGUCUUUUUAUUGUAUGGCAAGAAAUAUUUCAAAUAAAAAAGAGUUAUUUUGACAGUAAUUCUAUGAGUUCAGACGAAGGUUAUUCAAGUCAUAACAAUGUCAUGAAAGACAGGAUAGAUUUUGUUUUAAAAACAGUUCAGAGUUACGGCGAUUAUGAAAAGAUCAGCCAAGGAGUGUAUGAAAAUUUUUUAAGUCUUAAGCAUAAGGAUUCUUCAAUGUCAAGUGUUGUUGAAGGCUUAGAUUGGUUUUGUAAUUUUGAUAAAUUUAACAGAAUCAUAAAUACUUCUCAAAAUUAUUCCUUGUAUCCAUAUUUACCUUAUAGUUUUGCAACUUGGCAUUGUUUAUUCGCAACAUUUACUUGGCCAAAAAUUACUUAUCCAAGUGCUUCAUAUGAAGUAAUGGUUAGAAAAAACAAAUACAAACAAAUUGUUGAUGAGCUUAUGGCCGGCAUUAGUCCUGCCAUCAGAACAUUUCUUCAUCGUGAUCAAAUUUUAUUGGACACCAUGCCAUUAGUUAUGCAUAUAGCUGUGCCAAAUUUAAGAUCGGUAAGCGUUCAACUGUUUACUAUGAAAGAGAAAGAAGAACUUGCAAAAGUUAUAAAUAUUAUGAUAGAGUAUGGCUUAAAUUUUUUUCAAGAAAGAGCUGCAGAUGGAUCUUUUAAUUUUGUACUUAAUCCAUCUGUUGACGAUGCAGUAAAAUUUCCUGGUUUGGAAACAUUUCCAACUUUAAGUUAUGCUACAAAACAACUUAUUUCAAGAGAAAUUGACUUAGAAAAAAUGAGAAAAAAAAUGUCACUGAGUGUUGAGACUGGUAUAAAAGGAACUGAUAACAUAGAUGAGAAUAAAACAGCUGUAUCGACUCCAAAAAAUAAAAAAAAUGCCUAUAAUAAACAGGUGACUCCUAACCAUCUUAUGAGAUUAACGCCAAAAAUUGUUGGCCCUACCAAAGCAGCGAAACGAAAAGAUUUUUUUGGACGCGAAAUCAGUUCGCCCACAGUUUCCAAAGGCAAAGAAAUCCGAGAUGAGAUUGUCAAGAGCGAUAUUUGGUUUCAUUUCAAAGAAGGUUACAACAACGCAGUGAGAAAAUCGGUAUUGAUGAAAGAUCUUUAUUGAUAAAAAAUAAAUAAUAUAUACCUAAUCAAGAUAGUUUACAUCCGUUUGAAGCUUUCCUGUUUUAUUAUUUUCAUAAGUAUUUAUAGCAGAAUUGUGUAUAAUUUGAUUUAUGUGCGCAAUAUAU